AUGGCCGCCGGCGACAGGCAGCGCGCCUGCGACGACUACCACGUCGCCUGGAUCUGCGCCGUUGCCGACCUCGAGCUGCUGCCUGCCCGCCUGAUGCUCGACGAGGAGCACCCCACCCCGCCCUACGACACCCACUACGACGAGAACACGUACAUCUGCGGCUCGAUCAACGGCCAUGCGGUCGUCGUCGCAACCUGUCCGCCGGGCGAGACGGGCAACGUCAACGCCGGGCGUCUGACGGGGUCCAUGUUCAAGACGUUUCGCAACAUCCGCAUGGCGGUGCUCGUGGGCAUCGGAGGCGGCAUCCCCAGUCCUGAGGUGUCUGAAGAGUCACUAGAGAACAUCCACCUCGGAGACGUGGUGGUGGGAUGGCCCGGUGACGGCAAGCCGGCGUGCGUGUACCACGACCGUGGCAGAUCCAAGGUCGACGGGCAGUUUGAGCUAGUCGGCACGAUGCAGAACCCGGACUGGAGGCUCACCAACGCGCUUGGCGUGCUCGCGUCCGACCACGAGCUGGGCAGGGCGACGUUCGGGGACCAGCUAGCAAGGCUGCAGCGUCACAAGAAGAAGAGGAAGUUUGCGCACCCUGGCCUCGAGCACGACAAGCUGUUCAGGGCUGCGUACCACCACAACGGCGACUACACCUCAAAGUGCGCGGCGUGCCGCGAUCAGAGCGAGCUCGUUGAGCGCCCCCAGCGGACCGAGGAGGACCGGCAGACGCUCGUCUUCCAUCGCGGGCGGAUCGCUACGGGCAACGCAGUGAUCCAGGACGGCGAGCUGCGGGACCAGAUCCGGGCGCGAUGCGACGGGGCGCUCUGCGUGGAGAUGGAGGCAGCGGGCGUCGACGCCAACCGACGGUGUCUGGUGGUCCGCGGCGUCUCCGACUACGCCGACUCGCACAAGAGCGACGUGUGGCGGUCGCACGCUGCGGGCAACGCUGCUGCGUUCACGCGCGAGCUGCUGUGCAGGGUGCAGCCAGGCACAGUGAAGGAGAUGGAGGGGUCGACUGAAGCGCUGUGGCUUGUUCCUCUGCCAAGGCCGCUCUCUUUCGUCGGGCGAGAGUCGCAGCUCGCUCAGCUUAUCAAGAAUGUCGCAUCAGAAGGCUGUCGCCGACUCGCUGUAUACGGUCUUGGUGGCUGUGGCAAGACAGCCCUCGUCCUUGAGACAGCUUAUCGGACACGAGAGCAGCACCCUACGCGCGCCGUCUUCUGGGUGCCGGCGGUCAGCCAGGCUAGCUUCGAGCAGGCGUACCGCGAGAUAGGGACGCUGCUGCGUAUUCCAGGCAUCGCAGACGCCAGGGCUGACGUGAAGCAACUAGUCAAGGCGAGGCUGAGCGACGAGGGGUCGGGGCAGUGGCUGAUGGUGGUCGACAACGCAGACGACGUCAGUGUUCUCUUUGAGCCGCUUGACAGGGAAAGCAGCGCAGACCGGCUUAUUGACUGUCUUCCAUACAGCCGCAAGGGCUCCAUCGUCUUCACCACCCGGACGGCAAAAGCUGCAGUUGACCUAGCUGAGAGCAGAGUGAUCGAGCUGGGUGAGCUGGACGUAUCAGAGGCGACGGAGUUGCUAAGGAUCCGGCUGUUCCAGAAACACCACUGCCAGCUUGAGGAUGAAGAGGCUGUGUACAAGCUUCUUAACAUGCUCACCUUCCUAGCUCUUGCCAUCGUCCAAGCAGCCGCGUUCAUUAACAAGAACAACACUACCCUCUCUGACUACAUCUCGCUGUACAGAGCGAGCGAGCAGGCAGCCGCCAAGCUUCUCAGUAAAGAGUUCGGAGAUCAGGGCAGAUACCUGGAGAUUAGAAACCCAGUGACCACGACGUGGAUCAUUUCGUUCGAGCAGAUUCGCAAGCACGACAAGCUAGCUGCGCAGCACCUGUCAUUCAUAGCCUGCACAGCGAACACUAAUAUACCAGUGGCGAUGCUGCCGGCUUCAGGGUCUGCUGUAGAGCAAAUAGAGGCGAUCGGGACGCUCAAAGCUUAUGCAUUCAUCACUGAGCGGCAGCAGAGUGGACAAGAAGGACUAAGCAAAGCGCUCGACGUCCAUCCACUAGUGCACGUAGCAACUCGCAGCUGGCUCAAAAACCACGGCCAGUGGGACGUCUGGGCGGAAAGAGCACUGAAGCGACUGCUAGAGAUUGUGCCCUUUGGAGACUACAAUACGCAAGAGGCGUAG